GUUGGCGUGAGGCAAAGAAAAGAAAAAUCGUAGCGCACAAUCCUUGGCACAGCAUCACGGGUCAUACGCCGGUCCUGUAGGUGUCAUCCACUUCCCACUUUGGGCAGCUACCAAUAUUUUCGGUCUAUUAUUCCUCUACCUUAUUAAAACCCUAUCUCACCCCACUCUCUCUCAACUUCUGCUACCCACUUUCCAUUUCCUACUACUGCACUCUCUUUUCUGCAGGCAAGUCAUGGGCAAGGUCAAGAUCGGAAUCAACGGGUUCGGAAGAAUUGGUCGUUUGGUGGCCAGAGUUGCACUGCAGAGAGACGAUGUGGAACUCGUUGCCGUCAACGAUCCUUUCAUUACCACCGAUUACAUGACCUACAUGUUUAAAUACGACAGUGUUCACGGACAGUGGAAGCAUCACGAUGUGACCGUUAAGGACUCUAAGACUCUUCUCUUUGGUGAGAAGCCAGUGACAGUGUUCGGACACAGGAACCCAGAGGAGAUCCCAUGGCACGAGACUGGUGCUCAGAUCGUCGUUGAGUCCACUGGAGUUUUCACCGAUAAGGACAAGGCCGCUGCACAUUUGAAGGGUGGUGCUAAGAAGGUCAUCAUAUCUGCCCCCAGUAAGGAUGCUCCCAUGUUUGUCGUCGGUGUUAACGAACAUGAGUACAAGGCUGAGCUUGAUGUCAUCUCCAAUGCCAGCUGCACAACCAACUGCCUUGCUCCACUAGCAAAGGUUAUUAAUGACAGGUUUGGCAUUGUUGAGGGUUUGAUGACCACUGUUCACUCCAUCACUGCUACCCAGAAGACGGUUGAUGGGCCAUCCAGCAAGGACUGGAGAGGUGGAAGAGCUGCUUCAUUUAACAUCAUUCCUAGCAGCACUGGAGCUGCCAAGGCUGUUGGCAAAGUUCUCCCUGCUUUGAAUGGAAAAUUGACUGGAAUGGCAUUCCGUGUUCCUACCGUGGAUGUCUCUGUUGUUGACCUCACAGUGAGGCUGGAGAAGCCAGCCAGUUAUGACGAUAUUAAGAAAGCUAUCAAGGAGGAGUCUGAAGGAAAAUUGAAGGGAAUUCUUGGUUACACUGAGGAAGAUUUGGUCUCUACUGACUUUCUUGGUGAUAGCAGGUCAAGUAUUUUUGAUGCAAAGGCAGGAAUCGCUUUGAAUGAAAAAUUUGCGAAGCUUGUUGCAUGGUAUGACAACGAGUGGGGAUACAGCUCUCGCGUGAUUGACCUGAUUGUUCACGUUGCCAAGAAUUCUCUUUAAGGUGGUACAGCAAAGUAACAUGUUUACAUGAGUAUCAUGUGUUUAUGUCUAGCUGCAAUUUAUUGUCUUGCCCGGGUAAGAUGAGAAGUCUGAAUAAAUCGGUCUCCGGAACCAGUGUUUUUGUCCUGUUAGGAGCAUUAGCUCUUCUUGGUGUUGCCUCUUUUGUCGAGGUGAUGGAGUUUUUGGAUUUUAAUAUACUUGCUGAUGUACCUGGCUUGUAUACUUGCUAAUAUACUUGUCUUUAUUGAUUGUGAUAGUGGAUACUUUCGCCGUCCUAUAUUUUUCUUCGGUGGUUCUAGUAUCAUAUAUGCUUUGAAUCAUUGAUUCGUGGUUUAGAUAUUUUUCUGCACUUUAGUCUAUAUUUAGAAUUAAUAUUUCUGUCAUUGUUAU